AUUUUAAGUGAGUUCGGUUAAGCGGUGUAAUUUCUUCUUAUUCGUAGUCAGUUAAGUUUGAAGCUCCAUUUGCAAUGGCAGAUUAGCUUCUUAAAUGGCUAAGAUGAAAAAAGCAUCAUUACGAUCCACCGUUGGGAAAUCAGUUAUAUAGCUUGUGCGAUGUAUCACAGACAGUAAUAUAUACAAUAUUGAUAAUCAUUUCCAUUCAUCUAUAGAUAUCAAAAUGAUGCUUUCGUCGACGGACCAGUGUUAACCCACUUUUUAUGCGCAACUGUGCUGUCGUUCCUUAACAGUUAUACGUUUUUUUCAUAGCAAACUUAGUUGUCCUAGCGAAUUCGACAUUAGCUUGACUGUUAGCGAUCAAGAGCAUUUAUCUCAGGAUAGUAAAUGCUUUAAUACUCGAUUUCACCGCAUCACAAGGGAGUUUUGUGGUUGUCUAUGUAUCGUUAAAAUGUUAUGAGGAGAAAUGUGCAAUUGUAGGGUUUUUCAUAAUUUCAGGCAUCCAUGGAUUAAUGGUUUUUGUGCUGACAGGUGUUUAAACAGUGCUUUAUAUGCUUUUAUUACUCAACCAAAGUUUAUUCCCACUAUGCUUAGCUCAAUGCACUCGUUAUCUUAUCACUCUAAAGUAGGUCUGAAGUGCAUCAUGUCAAUCUGUAAAAUAAGUAUGUAUGUAUGAAUCGUUCGGCUCUACUCAUCUACUACUUUUACUGAAUUUGUUCACUUAGAGUAAGGGGAGAGGUAGCUCUUCUAAACUUUUGAGCUGUUAAAAGUUGAGCUACUUGUGAAGCCUAAUUAUAUAAAAUGGUAUGUUCUUGAACUAUUCAGUAAAAAUUUCAGCUUUAGUGCAACUUAAUUCAUAGAAAGGCACUCACUUACUACUAAGUGAAAACAACCAGGUUCUAGUUUAUCGCUGACCCGGUUCACUGAAACUUUUCCCGAUCAUUACAUUUGCUCGUUACGCAGCGUAUGCUAGUGCUCUUAUAAAGCUAGCCAGUAUGAAUUUUGUGGAUCAAUGUGAUGGAUAAUACCGACUAUUAUGCCAGCUAACGGUAGUCGUCAAUCUGAUUUUUAUUAGUAGACAUAUUUAUCGGAAUAAUUUUACCAUUAGAAAUCAUUCUUGGCUGUUGUAUCACUUCCAGUUGUCCUUGCUAGUUUAGACCUAUCCAAAACCGUAGUCACUUCUUAUUCAUUCAGCUUAUGUCUUGGCUCAUAUCAUGGUUCCUGUCUCCCCAAAUUGUAUCAAGUUCACUUUUUAUUGGCGAAUCUUCGAAUUACAUGUCUUCAUGAAGUAACUUUUUUCCUUCGUGACAGACUGCUUUUAAACUUAUAUGCCACCAACGAGAAUAUUAUGAUGGAGGAUGUCCAGGAACAUAAAAGGGAGCGCGGAGAGAAAGUUCACCGAAAAAAGAAGAGUCGACAUUAUGAGGUUACUGAUCAAACUGCCAGUCGCUUCCUCAAUCAUUUUUCGGAUAACAGAUAUGAAAAUGAUAACCAAGAUAACGACUGUCAUGACGCCAAGACCACUGAAGGUUAUGCUGAUUUUAGUGCUACCAGAAGACCUUACUCUUCAAGUCGAGUUGUUUAUAGGGACAGUGUAGAGAAGACAUACCCAAACGAAAAAGCAGAACGACUUAAGUCGAAGAAAAAAUCACAGAGACAUGAAAAUGUGUUGAAUAUGGCUGGUAUGGGACACAAAUAUUCUGUCGAUCACUAUCAAGAAAGUAUCCAUAGUUAUGUUAGUGACAAUGAAAAUCAGUACAGAAGUCGCACAGGUUAUCGAAUUUCUCAAAAUCAAGUACCAUAUCAUCAAGAUGAGGAAAGUGGAGUGCCUGGUUCUAUUUGUUAUGAUGGCUCAGUACCAUCUUCUCUUUCAGGCAGCAUCCCCAUUUCUAAUGGUCGUUCUGAGGAACGUCGAGAAUCUUCCAUGGGUUUACCCACUAAUCUACACUCUGAAUCCUAUUCGAGUUACGAACAACGCUUGCUAGAUGAUGGACAUUCCAAUGCAUUUGUUGGGAGUGGACGGGAAUUUUGGAAUCCUGAAUUCAGACAAGGCCAGCAUGAACUUGUACCUCAUCAAAAUCUACCUGAGGUUUCGCCAACGAAAAACGUGUUAUCAAAAUUAUUCGCUUCUUUUAGGCGACGCAAGCCGAAAGCUCAUGUGUCACAAAUUACCAAGCCGUCUGAUAGUUCUACAUCAGUUUGCGUUAUUAUGCUUGAUGGUGAGGAGCUUGUUUUUCAGUUGAGUCGUGAUGAUAUUGGUCAAGUUCUUUUCGAUCAGGUGUGUCAGAACUUAGAUCUUUAUGAAGCUGACUACUUUGGACUGACGUUCGUCAGUAACAAAAUACGUACAUGGUUUUGGCUGGAUUUACAAACCAAGAUUGGAAAACAGUUGCGAGAUAACGAGCAACGGUUAUUUUAUUUUCAAGUUAAAUUCUACCCUCCUGAGCCAUCCUUGUUGCAAGAAGAGUUGACACGCUAUCAGCUUACUUUACAAAUUCGACAAGAUAUUUACACUGGGAAACUUCCUUGUUCGUGGGUUACACAAGCAUUAUUAGGUUCAUUUAUGGUACAGGCAGAAUUAGGCGAUUUCGAUCCGGAUAAACAUAUUGGGUUGGAUUAUUUAAAUGAAUUUGAGUUUGUACCAUCACCUACACCCCAAUUGUUGAAAAAAAUUGUGGAAUUGCAUAAAACACAUACUGGUAUGAAACCGAAUGAAGCUGAUAUUAAAUAUUUAGAGACUGCUAAACGGUUGGAAUUAUACGGUGUUGAUUUACACCCAGCUAAAGAUACGGAAAAUGUCGAUAUUUAUAUUGGUGUUGGUUUUCAUGGUGUAGUUAUUUAUCGUGACCGACUGCGUAUUGGUCGAUUUGCAUGGCCCAAAGUUCUACGUAUAUCGUAUAAAAAAAAUAAUUUCUAUUUAAAAAUUCGACCUGAUUAUUCAGAACCUGUAGAAGCUAUUGUAGGCUUUCGUUUGUUAAAUCCACAUCUAGCUAAUCGACUGUGGAAAGCUGCCGUCGAACAUCAUGCAUUUUUUCGACUGAAAGAAACACCAGCACCUAAAAGACCUUUAUCAACACCUAGUUUAAGUAAAUCACAAUUUCGUUAUACAGGACGAACAUUUUUUCAAUAUCGUACAACGAAUAUUGAUAGGCCACAUCCACGGUUUAAUCGUUCAAUGUUGAAGCGACGUACAGCAAGUAUGCCCACUGGUUUAAAUGCAGCUAUGAAUAUGCAUACAUUAAACAGAGCACAUCCACGUGAUAUGACUGUAGGCAAAAUUCAAAAUAAUGAUCAGUUACAAGGAUUACGAAGAUUUGGUUCUGUUCAAAUGGGCAGUGGAGUAAACGGGAAUAAUGGUGCAACGCAAUUAUACGGCACUGUUCCACGACAUCAUCCAUAUUCUGAGUCUGUUGGGUCUGAAGUACAAGAUAUACAGUCUCAAAUUAGUAAACAAUAUAGUGAUGGUGUUGCAAAUAGUUUAUCAUAUGGGUCUGUAAACGAAAGUUAUGAUAAUGAAGCUCCUUAUAAUGAUUAUGUAAAUUAUCGACAUUCUGGAAAAGGUAAACCGGACGAAAUGUUAUCUGUUACAAGUGGAUCUCAAUCAAGUGAUUAUCCUAUUAUUCAACAUGGUCAAAACGAUCGUAAAGGUAGACAACCUUCUGAGAUAUCAAAUUCCGUAAAUGAACGUAGACCGAAUUCUCCUAUAUAUGCAAAUACUAAAACACAUCGUCGUAAGAAGCAUCAUGAUGACUCAUCAACUAAUACUGUCCAACAAAAAGAUAAUUACACUUAUGAUCCGAAUACAAGAAUAAGCAAUUUGUCAUCUAGUCAUAAGCCUCCUGUAGGUGGUGUGCCAGUAUUCGGAGGUGUGAUGCUUCCUAAUAAUCACCAUAAUCAGGAAGUAGAUAGAUUGAAACGAUCCGAUCAACUUCGCCCUUUAAAUUCCCCUCAUUUUAAGAAGAAACAACAAUAUCAUUCAGAAGAGAAUGAUGAUGAACAAACUGUAACACUCACUGAAGAUAAGGCUGAUCAUAACCAAUACAAAUCCAGUUCUAAACAUCGAAAACAAUUACAAACCGAUCAUUACAGUGCAGUAUCUAAUCAUAAUAGACCUAGACAUUCCGGACGAUCACACCGAAGACAAUCAGGAAACGUAGAAGGUAUGUUGUAAUUUGAAGAAAACCUACCAUGUAACAAACUUUAUUAUCUGGUCGUCGUUUUCUCUUAUUAUACAUACUCAGCGUGGGGCUUCCAUUUCUUUGCUUACAUAUUUGAUCCUUUCCAAUGUUUUUAUUUGUUAUGUGAUUGUUAACAGGUUUUUUAAAAUAUUUUAUCCUCUGUGAUUUACAUAACAAUUAUUCAGACAAUAUUUAGGAAUUUUGUUCGCACUUAUCCAUUCAUACGUAGUAUACACACGCACACUGUCUUAUUGUACCACCUAAUAUACAUUUAUCGGACUUUUCAUAUUAUUUUAAACUUACUAUGAUUACUGUUUUUUCUUUCUAAAUAUUUUUUCUAUUGUUUCAUUCGAUUUUUUAUCACGUUAGCGUUGAUGAUUUACUCAUGCAUACAUAUCAUUCUUAUAUAUAUGGAAAAUUAUUAUCCUUUUAUAAUUUCUCUAAAUUUGUUAUUUGUACAUGGUUUUAUUUUUAAACCCCAACAUAUCAUACAUUCAUUUAUUUAGUAGAUUGUUCUCAAGACUAAAUUAUUUAUAUACGGCGUAAUUUUUGUAGCUCCCUAUUAUGAAUACUUAACCCUCCGGACACUAUACACCUGUUUGAUUUAACGAUAUAGUUCAACAAUAAAAGAAUUACUUACUU